GAACGAACACCCGUUUUCUCACCAAACGUCUCGUGAGAAAGCUCCAUAGAGUAAGUAACCCGAAGGCACCAUUACGCAGCUGUGCAUGCCAGCACACAGGAACUAUUGGAUAGAAACCCAAUUAAGUUUUGUUAAAGCUUGAUCCCAUGCCGAUAUCCUCCCUCACCUUCACUAUGAUGCCUCGACCUGCAGAUCUUGCGAGACUUUCAUGUCACGGCAACUCUAAAAGCCUCUCGGGACUCUCAAGACGUCUCAAGAGCGCCAAGGAAGCUUACUUGACUGGUACCCAAGCUCGCAAAAGGAAGAUCCCUCAAGUUGAACCCCAACCCACGACGAUAUCUCUUAAAUAUCUCAUAACCUCUUUGUGAGCUCUCUACCUACGAGCGCAUUCUUUCCCAAACCGUCACCCAACCUCAAACAACCGACACCACCACCACAACAACUUCAGCAAGAUGGAGGCUGCAGGAGCAAUCGACGAUAGGAGGAUCAAGCAAAGCUUCAUCCUCGCAACCCUCAUAUCUACCAUUGCCGGCACCUUCACCACCGGCGUAAACCUGUUCGAUCGGGUUGGGGAAGCCAGAAGGCAACGGAGACAGCGCAAGAUGGACAGGGGCCAAAACCGAAGGAUCAAGGAGCUGGAACAGCGACUGGAUGAGGCUGUGAAGAGCAAGUCCGAGGUCGAGGAGCGCCAGAAUUCUCGAAAUAGAAACCAAAGGGAGGGAGACGAAGAAGAUCUAAGAGACUCCCUUCGGCGUGGCGGUCCGUUGGUUCAAGGGCAGUAUGAUCAGCUUUACUCGAGAAUGGGGCCUCAGUUUGCUCAGGGUGACUUGCUCGCCCAAACCCAACUUCAAGGCCAAAUCAUCACCCUCCAAGGCACCGUCAUCAAAAUGCUUGAAGAAGCCCUCUACACCGGCGAGCCCCCAGACAUGCGCAAGCUCUACAACGCCUCAGAGUUUGCCCGGGAAGGCAGCAUGCGCGCUCUCCGCGACCAGUACCAGCGUCUUCUCCAAUCCGCCCCCAUAGACCGGGCUCUUCCCGCUCCAGGACCCGGUCCAGCCCCAUCCUACCGUUCCAACCGAAGCCAAAGCCGCCCCAUCGCUCCUGUCCGGCGCACCUCCUCGACCCCUUCCCUCCGAGACUACUACAACACCAGCGACUACGACACCUCCUACCGCCCCACCACCACCCACACUCGCGCCCGCGGCACCCGCGGCACUGGAGGCUCCGUCGCCCACUCGCACCACUCCCACUCCCACUCCCAGUCUCACUCCCACUCGCGCUCCCCUUCCCUGCACUCAUCAAAUGGAAUCCCCAAGCAACUGACCUACCACAACUCCAUCUACUGCCAAUACGCCACCUACCUGCAACAAUCCGGGCAACCACUGGACUCCUCACUGGCCUCCUCGGGCGUCUGCCCCGACUGCCACGCGCACUUGUUCGACCCCGUCGAAGUCGUGCAGCGGGGACCGUGGAGGGUCGAUAAGGAAGUCGUGACGCACAACGAGCGGACGGGUCAAGAAGAUGUGGAGUACAGGAGUUAUCUGUUGACGACGAGGUUUUUCGUCAAGUGUCAUCGGGGAGGGGGCGGGUUUGCGUGUUAUCUGUGCUCAAAGUAUCGGGAGAGGGAUACGGUUUGUAAGAGGGAGGAAAGUCUGGUGGAUCAUGUGGGGGAGAAACACUCGAUUGGGGAGUAUGCGGAAGAUGGGGAUGUGAGGGAUGUUACGAGGUAGUACGUUUCUUUUCUCUGAGCUAACGUUUUGUUUUGUUUUUCCUUGUCACGACUUUGUUAUGGUUGCAUCGAGCGUUACGAAUUUAUGAGGCAUGAUAUCACAUGGCAGAAAUUAUCAGGACAUACGAUAGAAUGAUAAAUGAUGAGAGAGUAGAUGGUUUUUUUUUUUUUUUGCAUUUUGAGUUGAGUCUCUCUGUAUCUGUACCAAAUCAUAUCUCCUCCGCUUAAUUAUCCCUUCAAUAGGUAUCUAAAAACUUUAAAGCCUGGGGUAUCUCUCCAAGCUGUGGUAUCCAAUGAAAAAGAACAAGAAAAAAAAUCAAAAGAAAUCUGUAUCAUAGACAGAUAGAUGUCUGCAUGCCUUUGUUUCCUCCAUCAUUCUACGCAUGCCAUGUGUUGCCAUCCGACUCUAUCGGAUCAAGUGAACCAAAAAGCAGAUCAUCCAA